AUGUCAUUCACGAAGCAGCGAGUUGAGUUUAAAACUCAGGAUGGAACAACCCUUCGCGGGAACUUGACGUUGCCGGUUGCAUCAAAAGCACCAGCUGUUAUCAUGAUUACGGGGCUCACUUUUCUGAAGGAACACGGUGCAGAUGACACUGCGGAAACAUUCCAAAAAGCCGGGUUUGCCACGCUACAAUAUGAUCACCGCCAUUGGGGAUCGAGCGACGGACUGCCCCGACAACAUGUCAACCUCUUCCAGCAAGCCGAAGACUUGUCAGAUGCCAUCUCAUAUAUGACCGGCAGAUCAGACAUCGACGGCGACAGAAUUGCAAUUUGGGGAAUUGGCCACGGCGGAGGAGUCGUCAUACAGACAGGCGCGUAUGACAAGCGCGCGAAGGCGGUCAUGGUGAUAUCUCCAUUCUUCUCUGGGGAGGUUGAUAUGCUCAGAUUUCCGCCAACGGCGUACCAGGACGCAUGGGAGGAGCGUGCAUCGCGGAUCGCGAACCCUGGGACUGAGCAUAAAUAUGUGCCCAUCUUUGCGGAGUCAAUGGAAAUGGCCGAGAAGAGUCCACUGGAUAGCAUCAUUGGAAGUCCUCAGGGAUUCUUCUUAUGGUCAACGUUCAAGCCAUUGUCGGAUGCAGCAGGAACUCCAUGGGAAAACAAGCUGACGCUUGAGAGCUUGUAUUGGCAGAGCAAAUUUGAACCAACUACAUCGAUACACCGGAUUUCUCCUCGCCCGAUUUACUGGGUUGCAACGGAUGCUCCGCUGCUGCCAAAUUACCAAGACCAGGUCCGAGCUUAUGAGAAAGCGUUUGAACCGAAACAGUUUCGCGGUUUCCGUAGUUUAGAGGAAUCCGUUGUUGGUCCGGCACACGAGGAGAAUUUGAAGGAGCAGGCUGACUUCUUGAAGAAGUGGGUGUAA